ACCUACCUAUAAGCGGCCCUAUCAUCCGAUGCAGAUGCUAGGAGCCUGCCAUCAGGCGGCUAUGCGAGUGCAUUGGCCGUGUCCGGAUGGCCCUCGAGUGCUGUAGCACGCAUCCGUCGCCGGAUCCCGACCACAUCCAUUGCCAGCGCUCGGCUGGUCUUUGUUAUUUGGGGGAUCGGGCAACGGGGACUGGCUGCAGCACUCUCGAGGGCCAUUCAAACACGCUUGCGGCAGUGGCAUGCCCGCCUGAUGGCGAGAUCCUCACAUUAGCAUUGGAAGACGAAACCAGACCAAACCAUUCGUCGAUGAGAUCCGGCUGCUGGCGUUGGGGGGAAACGUCUCUGCUAUGCAUAACUGAUGAUUCGCGUGCCUGUGAUACGUUAGCUCACUCAUCGAUAACCCGACGGGAACCCGAACAAAUUACAUUGAUCUCACUGACGGAGGCCUCGGUAGGCGGAACGACGAGUCGGCAUGUGCGGCGGAUGAUGUCGAAACCUGUCAUCGCGGACCGGGUGCUCGAUGGGAUACUAUGGGUGGUGGUGGUGGUGUUGGGUGUUGCAAACAGACACGGUGAUUAGGGGGUCGCAAGCUUCUAAUAACCGUCAGACCUGUCACUCAGCCAGAGCA